UCCAGGAUCUGACAUCAAACUGGUUAAUAAGUCACAGACUUUGCGUGAAGUGACAAACUCUAAACAGGCUGAGUACAUGUGGAACGAGGCUGGGUGUCUGGAUACAGGACACUACACGUGUGAAGCGGGAAACAACAUCAAGUCAUCUGUCAGUGAAAGUGUGCAGCUUGUUGUUAAAUGUUCACCACGACUAGAUCAUCGAGUUCCAUUCAAGGACAGAUUUGGCACAGCUGUGGGUGACGAUGUAACACUAUCAAUAUCCGUGAUUGCAAAUCCUACACCCACAUUUACCUGGUACAGACUGAGUGAUGGGAAGAAAAUGAUUCUUACUUCUGGAAGUUCAACUACAACUGAUGUAUCUGCUGUUAGCAAUCGCACACUGAUAAAUGUUCAGCAGAGAGAUUUUGGAAUCUACCAAGUUGUUGUGUCUAAUAGAUCUCCACAAGCAGAUUUGGUGGUGAACAUUACACUUGUUGAAGAAGGUCCUCCAAGUAUUCCCUCCAACGUCAUUGUAUGGAGUGACGUUUCAUCUUUAAUCACUGUGGCUUGGACAGAGGAAUUCAAUGGAGGAUUACCUCAGACAUUCCUAGUUCAGUAUCGAGCAGAUACAGCACCAAAGUGGACAAACCUUACUAGAAUGCUAGAAGAAACAGGUUUGAAGACGAACCACGGAAGUUCAAUAUUGAAUCUGCAGUCAAGGACAAGAUAUCGUGUCCGGGUUUUGUCUUACAACAAACUGGGACACAAAGGAUUCACACACGAGCAGGAGGUUCUAACUGGUGAUUCUGCACCUACUAUACAGAAAGACAAUUUACUUGGAGCUGGGAUUGGUAUUGGGAUAGGAAUAAUGGUGGGAAUAGUUCUUCUUGUUGGUGGACUAAUACUUACAUUCUGGUUGAUGAGAAAAGCUAAAGCCAAACCAGAGCACCCUAAAAGACAGCCUAUAUCUGGAAUACAAGAGACUUCUCUCUAUGAAGACAUGGAACAAACUACAGGUGACAGAUCGAGUACUCCGGCCAACGUAUCCAGUAAUUAUUCCUCACUGGAAGCCAGGAUAGACGCACCAUACGACGUUCUCGGAGUUUAUGACAAUACACCGGAGAUCAAAGAAUGACCACCAUAUAUUUGAAGUAUUGAAAACAUUAUAGAAUUGAGGCUUCUGUCUGUAUCCUAUUACAGCCAAGGGUGGGAAUUGGUGAACUGUAAAAAAGAGGAAAUCUAGAGGGGUCCCGAAAAUUCUUGAAAACCUAGGUGAAAUCUGUGCCAUCUGACACAUUUUGGAGGAAAGGACGAUUAAAAUGCGAGGUAACUCAAUGUUCCAUGAGAGGAAAACAGCUGAUCAGAGGAGAAUUCCCACCCGUGUGCAGCAUAUUUUACUUCAUCAUCGUUGACAAAAUCACCAUCAUCACCAUCAUCAUCAUAAUUUAAGACAGAUAUGCAUGCUUGUGUAGAGUGUCACAUUAUAUAGACUUUGUAUAACAUACUUUA